AUGGAAGAAGCGUUUGACGAAAUGAAAUGUGACUUGGGAACCGAUGGUUGAGAAGGAGAAUCGUGAGGGGAGCAGGGGAUCGCGUUUCAGGCAGAAGGAACAGCCGUGAGCGAAAGCUCCAAUUCCGGGAGGAGCUCAGCUUGUUUCCAGGGCAGAAAGGCCGCGUGGCUGUAGAGGGCCUGGCGAAGGGUGAGUCACCGGCCCGACUGGAGAGGUGGCCAGGUGCUACGGGGGUGCUUGAACGGGCUCCUUGACUUCCCGGACGGUCUUCACAAAUUUGUCUACAAACGGAGUUAGGAGCCAUCUGGAUUGAAUCUUACUGGAUCCCUUUGUGGCAUUCCACAUCAACAAGGGCCUUGUGAGGAAGUACAUGAACUCUCUCCUAAUUGGAGAACUAUCUCCGGAGCAGCCCAGCUUUGAGCCCACUAAGAAUAAAGAGCUGACGGAAGAGUUCCGGGAGCUACGGGCCACAGUGGAACAGAUGGGUCUCAUGAAGGCCAACCAUGUCUUCUUUCUGCUGUACCUGCUACACAUCCUGCUGCUGGAUGUUGCUGCCUGGCUCACUCUGUUGGUCUUUGGGACAUCCUUUAUGCCCUUCCUCCUCUGUGCAGUGCUGCUCAGUGCAGUUCAGGCCCAGGCUGGCUGGCUGCAGCAUGACUUUGGGCACCUGUCUGUCUUUAGCACCUCUACAUGGAACCACCUGCUGCAUCAUUUUGUGAUUGGCCACCUGAAGGGGGCCCCUGCCAGUUGGUGGAACCACAUGCACUUCCAGCACCAUGCCAAGCCCAACUGCUUCCGCAAAGACCCAGACAUCAACAUGCACCCCUUCUUCUUUGCCUUGGGGAAGAUCCUCUCUGUGGAGCUUGGGAAACAGAAGAAAAAGUAUAUGCCAUACAACCACCAGCACAAAUACUUCUUCUUGAUUGGGCCCCCAGCCUUGCUGCCUCUCUACUUCCAGUGGUAUAUUUUCUAUUUUGUUAUCCAGCGGAAGAAGUGGGUGGACUUGGCCUGGAUGAUUACUUUCUACGUCCGCAUCUCCCUCACCUAUGUGCCGCUGUUGGGAGUGAAGGGCUUCCUGGGCCUUUUUUUCGUGGUCAGGUUCCUGGAAAGCAACUGGUUUGUGUGGGUGACACAGAUGAACCAUAUCCCCAUGCACAUUGAUCAUGACCGGAACAGGGACUGGGUCUCCACCCAGCUCCAGGCAACAUGCAACGUCCACAAAUCUGCCUUCAAUGACUGGUUCAGUGGACAUCUCAAUUUCCAGAUCGAGCACCAUCUUUUCCCCACAAUGCCUCGACACAAUUACCACAAAGUGGCUCCCCUGGUGCAGUCCCUGUGUGCCAAGCAUGGCAUAGAGUACCAGUCCAAGCCCCUGCUCUCAGCCUUCGCAGACAUUGUUCACUCACUGAAGGAGUCGGGGCAACUCUGGCUAGAUGCCUAUCUUCACCAAUAACAGCCCCCCACCUGGAAGAGGAGCCUCUGGAGCCUGAGUAGAGGAAGCUUUAGGGAGCAAUGCCACUACACAUCUAAUAUUCAAAGGGGUUGGUUUGAGGAGAUAAAGGUUCUGGCUCAAACCCUUCCCCUUUAUCUUCUAGGCAGAUUUAUGACCCAAAGGGGGGGGGCAUGUAAGCCCCAUGGAAGGGAUGAAGCUGUUGGGGCAGGGCAGGGAUGUGAGUUUUGUUUCUGUUUUCUAGUAUGUCAGAUGCAGAUGGUUGGUGAGCAAAGAGGGAGUCAGAAGUUGUUAGAAGAAUAGGGAGCACUGAGCCCAGAAAUCAAAGGAGAUUUAGCAAUGAAAUUCUACCCAGGAUGGGUGAGGUCACCUUACUAGCCCACUUCUCAGUGGGAGCUCAGCUCACUUUAGGGCUGUGACCUUCAUUGCCUCAGGCUCCUGGAGAAGCAGUUUCUCCACUUUCAGAAGCUGGCAGAGCAAAGGCCAAGUAUUGAAGACAUCUGGCCCCUAAGGAUCCUGCCACUAUUGAUUUUGGUCCCAUGUUCCAUCCAGAGUACCAAGGGAGCAUUAAGUCCUAGGUCUUGCCAAAAGUGGCUAGCAGAGAGUUGCUAGCCAUAAAACUCCCUUCAGCAUUUGCUUCACCUCUUCUAACCAGCACCUAAGGAGCGAAACACUCCUAGGACAGGGAGUCUACUUUGUGCUCCAUGAACAAGUGAGCCAAAGGGGCAAUUUAAUUUUCUCCUCCUUAGAAACAAGUCGGGGCUCCUAAUGGUUUCUCUUCGCUUCCCUACCUAUAAUUCCACGUUUAAUACGAUAGCAGUCAGUGGGCACAAGUGACCCAGCUGAGAGAUUCUGAAUUACCAGCCAUGAGGAAAACACAAGUUUGAUCAUAAAGAAUAUAAGGGCUGUAAGAAAUUUUCUUAAAUUAUUUACAGUAUUACUGUUGAGCAGGAGCAGUGGGGUUAAAUGUAAUCACUUCAUAGUUCUAAACCAGAAAUAGGAAGAUAAAAACAGAAGUUCCUGACCAUCUGUUGCUGUCUUUAGGCACCUUACUCAGUCAACUCUGUUCAAGUAUCUUUCUCUGCUGGAGAGCAGGUAGGAAUUUAGGAUGAGCUCUUAUCAGUCAUACUGAUGUGCAACUUUUUUAAUCUCCUGGUUUUUAACCUGUUAACCGGGGAAUUUCCUUUUCACUGUAUGCAACGUUUGAUGUAUUUAUACGUCCUGCUCGGUUAACAGGUUAAAAGAUAAACAGUUUAACCCAUCCCUAGAGAGCAAACCUAGGAAUGUGCUCCAGGAGUCUCACCUUAACUCCAGGGCUUGUCAUCAGCAUACCUUAUUCCCUCCCCACAUCCAUGGCCAUUCAGUCCAGGUGAGAGGAGUGUUCACCUUUUCAAAAGCAGCUACUGUAAGCACAUUGAGCAUUUGGGACACCAGGAGGAAUGACCACAAAGUAGGGCAAAGCAGAGCCCUGGGAGAAUUUGCGUUUAGAUUUGGGAGAUGAAGGUCCUAAGGCAUGUUGGGAGGGGACUAAAGGUACCACCUGUGGAAAGGGUAUCAUGGUUACUUAACAGUUUGUCAAAACAAAGGAAAAGUAAACAAAUGGGGGAGAAGAGGCUGCAGAAGAGUUCAGAUCUUUUUCAUUUGGGCAGAACCUGGCUUAAAUUAGAAGCAGAAUUAGAGUUCUGUUUCCAUUGGCUUCCUCACUCCAGAAUAGGUACUAUCCUUCCCCAUCCCUCUGUUCCCUGUGACCAGCCUUCAAGCUAUUUGGCUUUGGGCCCAGGCCGAGCAAACCCAGCAAAGCUUAUUGAGCCAAGUCCAAAUCCUCAAAGCACCUCAAACAUGUGGCCUUCUCUCCUUAGCCUAGACCAGUGUGGUCUCACAUGGCCAAAACAGGACACCGGUGACAAAAGGCUCAGACUAUUACAAUGGUAACAUGAAUGGUCUCAAAUCCAAUGACAGCUGAGAAAAACAGGCUUUGACAGGACAAGUCACCUCCCAUUACAGACUGGCAGAACUAACAUUCCAACUCUUGAAAAAUUCCCAACUUCUGUUUGUCUUUGUUACUUUCAUCUUCCUUCCACUUUGCCGGGGGCAUUUUCUUUAAGCCCAACAUCAGUAUCCUUUUUGUAUGUCCCAAUUUUGUUACCACGUCCCAAUGGAGUAAAGUUGAAAAAUAAAGUUAAU